AUGUCUUACGACGACACUAUCCCUGCUUAUUACUAUUAUGUGGAUCCUGAGAAUUAUUACCAGCCACAGGUGCCCAACCCCUUGAAUGAUCUGAUCUCGCAAUACGAUUUGGACGAUAUUUCACAACAGGUUGCCAGAACGAACACGGAUGGGUCCAAGGCUGUAAAACUGAGGAAAUCGUACAAGAACCAGAUAGCAGAGCUUUCUGGCAAGUUUAGCAAUAUCCCGACCAGGGAGAAUGGGAAAGGUGGAGAAAUAGCACAGGUGCUAUUUCAGAACAAUCCGGAUAUGAUGGCGAACGUCACUACAACACAGGACAUGACCGAGGAAGAAUACAGGACUGCAAUGGCCAAUAGAGACAUGGCUCUGUUUGGAAAGAAUAAUAUGGACUGGGAUAUGGCUUCGACUGUAUUGUCACAGUUUGACAGAUCGUUUCCCUCCGAAUUCCAAAAUGUACAAGGUUUUAACAUAGAUGAUUUGGCAUUUGAUUUGGAUGGCACCGGAAGAUCCAAUUCAAAGAAGAGAAAGGUGAAUAUUUCGUCAGGAAGCUCAAUGACAACUCCAAAUGGUAAUGAUAUUGAGGACAUCAAGAGAAGAAGGCUAGAUUAG